AUGACGGGCGACGCAAAGGCCCCGAGCGGCGGCGCGGCGAGGUCCAGCGCGCUGCCGUGGGUGGAGAAGUACCGCCCUGUCACGCUGGACGAGGUGGUCGCGCAUGAGGACAUCCUCGCCACGACGCGGCGGCUGAUGGACAGUGGUAGCAUGCCUCAUCUGCUCUUCUACGGUCCGCCAGGUACCGGCAAGACGACAACCAUCAAAGCAUGCGCGCACUACCUCUUCGGCAGGGAGCGCAUCCGUGCAAAUGUGCUCGAGAUGAACGCCUCCGAUGAUCGUGGCAUUGACGUCGUGCGGCAGCAGGUGCGCGAGUUCGCCAGCACGAGCUCUAUCUUCUUCACGUCCGCCACCACCACCGCCGCCGCCGCCGCCGCCGCCGCUUUUAAGCUCGUCAUCCUGGAUGAGGCGGACCAGAUGUCUGGCGACGCGCAGGCGGCGCUGCGGCGCAUCAUAGAACGGUACACCAAAAAUGUGCGCUUCUGCAUUCUCUGCAACCACAUCAACAAGAUCAUCCCCGCGCUGCAGUCCCGCUGCACCCGCUUCCGCUUCGCCCCUGUCAAGAAGGCCGCUAUGCUGCCCCGUUUGAAGUUUGUUGCGCAAGAGGAGGGUGUUCACUUCACUGAUGCGGGCCUUGUGGCGGCGUUCCGCCUCAGCCGCGGUGACCUGCGGCACUGUCUCAACACAAUGCAGGCGUCCGCCAUGUCCACGGGUGAAAUUACGGAGGAAUCGGUGUAUCGCGUUACGGGCAAUCCGACGCCGGCGGACGUGCGCGGUAUUGUGGAGGACAUGCUAGCCCAUGACUUCGCAGUUUCGUGGGAAAAGGUGCAGCAGGCCGUUGCGGAGAAGGGUGUCUCGUCGACGGACCUCGUGCGUGAAGUGCACCACAUCGUGAUGGCGAUGGACUUGCCUCAGGAAAGUAAGUGUUUUCUGCUCAUGAAGAUGGCCGAUGUGGAGUAUUACGCGGCAAGUGGUGCAAAGGAAUCCACGAGCAUCGGUGGUGUUCUUGGCGCCUUUCAGCUGGUGCGGGAGUCACUUACGCAGAAAAAGCGCGUCUUUGAGCUCGCGUGCUGCUGA